CGAACGAAACGCCACGAGAACACAAGCAAUCUACGGUCUACGACUGGCGGAUGGUGGGCCAUCGGUCGUCGUCGACUGCCACAUGAUUUUCAUUUUUCAAUUCAGUCGCGCGCCAACCCUCGCACGCGACGGAUGUACGCCUGUUUACAUUAAACUUCGUUUCGUGUGUAAUGCUGUGAUUAAUCCUGAAACUGUCAAGUGAAGUAAUUAGUGAUUGAGAACAAUAUGGUGACCGGCGUAGCUGGUACGCAGGCUAACCCUGCUAGCAAUAUGAACAGUACUAAUACGGUUGAACAGAAGAAGCCGGGAGACAAUCGGCGGAGCAACAAGCCGAUAAUGGAAAAGAGGCGUCGAGCUCGCAUCAAUAAUUGUCUGAACGAGCUCAAGGCGUUGAUCCUCGACGCAAUGAAAAAAGACCCGGCGAGGCAUUCGAAGCUUGAAAAGGCCGACAUUCUAGAAAUGACAGUGAAGCAUUUGGAGAGCUUGCGAUCUGAGGGAGCGGGCUCACCUGAUAGAUUUAGAGCGGGCUAUAGGCACUGUCUGUCUGAAGUUGCGAAAUUUCCGGGAUUGGAAGCUGGCUUGAAGAGGCGUUUAGUACGACACUUAGAAGGAUGUGUAAGCACUCCUGGAAAUAGACCAGCCGGAGCACCCACCCCGCCUUCCGAUGUGGAUGACGUUGUUACUCCUCCACAACAUUCGGCCAUCUUUAUCUCAGCUGGAUCCGGGUCUGGAGUUCGACUGGUACCAACUCGUUUAUCUAAUGGGGAUAUUGCCCUAGUCCUACCAGCUGGCGUGAGCGCCAGUACGCUAGGACCAGUCCCAACCCUUGUACCACUAUCUCCCCGGGAUGCGACUUCGUCAGCAUCCUCUGAGCCUCGUUGCUUCUCACCCGCAAGCUCCGGGUGGGACUCCCCUCCACCACCGAACGAGGAACCUUCCCCCCUUGCCCUGGUAACUCGGAGACCACCAGAAGAAAAACCGUGGCGACCAUGGUGACGUGCAUAUUCCUUCCAUUUCUUUGCCUGAAAACUGUGAUAAGUAGUUUAUUGUAGAUUAAUAUUUGAUUUGAGUGAUAGUACAUUAAAGUUCCUAAUAUAUCAUACAUCGUUUAGAAUUGUGGUCAGUAAAAUAGAAUAUGUUUGUGAUUGAAUAGGUUAUGAAAAUUAUAUACCUUUGUGCGUAUAUGUGUUUUGCCAUUUAGUUUAGUGUUUGGUCUUCCUUAAGAAUUAGUUAAUAGAUUGUAAAUUUUCAUGAAUGACAUCUGAGGCAGUAUUUCAUAUAGAGGGACAUUCUGUCCAAUAUAUAAUAAAUGUAUUAAAAGAAAUAUAUAAAUAUAUUAUAUGGUGAAAAAGCACUAAGUGCCGUAUAUAUGAAGCUAUAAAAGCACGCAUUCUUUAAUUUGAAACUUUAGCAACAAAAUUACUGCAGAGUGUAGCGUUAUUUUGUAAAAUUAUAUAAAAUUAUUUAGUUUUCUGAAUAUAAUUAAAAAAUUCUGCGUGCCUUAUGAAUACAGCAAAGUCGUAGUCUUCCAUUCGUUGCUUUGUAAGACAGAUUGUCUGUAUCUUACGGUAGUUAUCGAAUAAUAUAUUAUAUGUAAUUAACAUAGUUAUAAAGCUAUUAUUAUAUAAUGACUCACAUAUUUAACUAUAAAAUGUACUACGUAGCAAAAUAGUUAAGAAAUUUUGGAUGAUUAGAUAUGAUAAUAACUUUCUUUCAUUGUUCAGUUUUGUUACCAAUAUAGUCUCUGUCUUCCUUAUAAGUUACCUGUAUGGACAGUAAAUUUAUGCAAUGUAAUAGGUAAUUAAUGCUGUAUUCAUUUUUUAACGAUUUAUAACCAUAGUAAAUGUAAAUAUGUCAAUUUCGUUCAUUAAGUUUUACUGGGUGAAUGACUCCAUAUAAUUAAGGAAAUCAUCUUUUUAGUUUAUAUUAAUAAACUGUAAAUAUUUAAGUUAAAGUGAUACUAUGAUAAGCAUAAUAUAACAUGUUACUUGACAUGUGAGUACCUAAAAGACAGUAUGCGAUAAUGUGGAAUAAAUAUAUGAAAAA